GCACCCAGUGGUCCCCGCGAAUGGCGGUUCGUCGUGGAACUGCUGCUGCCGACCACCCUGCUGCUGCUCACCAACCCUCUGGUGCUGAUGCGAGCGAAGGACCUCCUCAGCGCGCAGGUGAUCGACAACCAGAUGCAGUCCAUCAGCACGAUCCGUGGAGAGAUUCGGCCGCUCUCUCCCGCGCUGCAGCUGAAG